AUGACUAAUGCCCGCGUGAACUGGGGUGAGCUGUUUCCCAGCCGGACGAGCGGUUUGAUUUUUAUGACCUACAUGUCACUGUUCGUCAGUCAAGGCAUUCUGGUGACCGCUUCACAACGAUCCGAUAACUCCUACAGCUACAAUACUGUGCUUGUUGUAUUGCUAACGGAAGCACUAAAGCUUGUGAUAUCGGCCGGACUUUACUGCAGAGAAAAUAGCUUCCGGUCGCUUAUCGCGCGCGUGGUUGAAGGAAGCGAUGUGUUGCUGUUGUACUUUGUGCCCGCCUUUCUCUACUGUCUGUACAACAAUUUAUCAUUUGUGAAUCUUUCCACAUUCGAUCCAACGACCUACUAUUUGCUGCUACAGUUGCGCGUCGUUGUAACGGGCAUAUUAUUCCAAAUUAUUUUUAAAAAGUAUCUUAGCCGGAAGCAAUGGUUCUCAUUGCUGCUACUGACCGUUGGAUGCAUGCUAAAGCAAUGGAACUUUUCCAUAUUUUCCACCACGUCUCCGUCUUCGACCGGAAGUGAUUCGACCGUUGAGCCGCGAAAACCCGAAGCAGAUGAUGGUACUACAUUCCGGGGUAAAAACAUCUCCGGGUUCGAACUAAGCUACAGUGCCUUGCUUAUACUGGUGCAAACAUUUUGCUCCUGCCUGGCGGGCGUAUACAACGAGUAUCUGCUGAAGAAGAAAGGUUCCGAUAUCAACAUUUACGUGCAGAACGUAUUCAUGUACCUAGACUCGAUCGUGUGCAACAUGCUGAUACUAUUGCUGCAGGGCGAACUGGUCGGUGCUUUUACGAGCGAAAAUUUGCGCGAAAUCGCACGGUUUGAGGUGAUCGUAAUUAUGCUUAAUAAUGCAGCGAUCGGGAUCAUCACCAGCUUCUUUCUGAAGUACAUGAACUCGAUACUCAAAACGUUUGCCAGUGCGCUGGAACUGCUUUUUACGGCAGUGCUAUGCUAUUUACUGUUCUCUAUCCCCAUCUAUCUGAACACGAUGCUCGCAAUCUUUGUCGUUUCCUACGCAAUCUAUCUUUAUUCCCUUAACCCGGUAGUUAACUUGUCCAAAACGCCAACGGCAUCCAAAGGUGCCCUGAAUGUAACACACCGUAAUAGCGAUGAUCGUAAAACCCUGCUUACAAUCGGUGGGAAGCCAGGUGGAACGCGUUCACGGGCAAAUGUUAGUGAUUCGGAAGAUGAUGAUAAUGGAGCACCUAAGAUGGAAGAGGUGUGA